AUGGGAAUGGGGCCGCUCAAUGACGCCGCGUCGGCCGUCGAGUCCGCGGCCGCGCUGGAGGCCGCCGCCGGCACCGGCGCCGUCGUCUCGGCUGCCGCCGUGGCUGCCGCCGUGGCCGUGGUACCCUCGGCGGGGGGCUCGUACGCGGUGCUGCAGUGCGGCGAGGACUCGGAGUACGUGCGCCAGAAGUACAGCGGCUACUUCACCGUCUUCCGCGCGCUGCUGGAGGAGGACGGCGAGAGCUGGCGGGUGUACCGCGCCGUCCGCGGGGAGCUCCCAACCGACGCCGAGGCGGCGGGCUUCGACGGGUUCGUCAUCUCCGGGAGCUGCGCCGACGCGCACGGCGACGAGCCCUGGAUCCUCGACCUCGUCGACCUCAUCCGCCGCCUCCACGCCGCCGGCAAGCGCUUCCUCGGCGUCUGCUUCGGACACCAGAUCCUGUGCCGUGCGCUGGGCGGCCGCACGGGGCGCUCGACCAAGGGCUGGGACAUUGGGGUGAGCUGCAUCCACCCGACGGCGGCGGCGGCGCGGCUGUUCGCCCCGCUGAAGCUCCCCGUGCACAUGCCGGUGAUCGAGUUCCACCAGGACGAGGUGUGGGAGCUUCCCCCGACCGCCGAGGUGCUGGCGCGCUCCGACAAGACCCGCGUCGAGAUGUUCCGCCUGGGCGACCGCGUCAUGGGCAUCCAGGGCCACCCGGAGUACAGCAAGGACAUCCUCAUGAGCAUCGCCGACCGCCUCCUCCGCCAUAACCACAUCCUGGACUGCCAGGUGGACGUGGCGAAGGCGAGCUUCGACGUGCGGCAGCCGGACAAGGAGCUGUGGAAGAAGGUGUGCAGGGGCUUCCUCAAGGGGAGGCUCCCGUCGCAGCAGCAGCAGCAGCAGCAAGCUGUGGCGCUAUAG